AUGUCUCCCCACCCCUCCUCAGCUAUUUGUCCUUCCGAUUCUGCUGUUAUCGAGCAAACCCAGGCUUACGUCCAAGCCUACAUGUCACACUACGAUUGCUCCCACGACUGGACUCAUAUUCAGCGCGUCCGAUCCCUCACCGAGAUGCUGCUCACUUCAGAACGACAGCUCCAUCCCGGAAUCCGAUACAACACCCUGCUGGUUACUCUCGGGGCCCUGCUACACGACGUCGGCGACAAGAAGUACCUCGAACCAGGUCAAGACGCUUCAACUGCCGUAAGCGCCUUCCUCCUCUCUAUCAACGCACCACCUCGCCUCGCCUCUGCGGUCCAACAACUAGUCUUGCACGUCUCUUUCUCUUUCGAGAAAGCAAACUCCGAUGCCGUUCACGCCAUGCUGCGCAAGGUUCCUGAGCUGGGGAUCGUGCAGGACGCCGAUCGCUUAGAUGCAAUUGGAGCGGUAGGAAUUGCGCGCUGCUUUGCUUUUACGGGGGCGAAGGGGAAGGGUGGGUUGAAGGGUGCGAUUGAGCAUUUUGAGGAGAAGUUGGUGGGGUUGGAGGGAAUGAUGAAGACGGAGAGUGGGAGGCGGUUGGCGAGGGAGAGGACGGACAGGUUGAGGGUUUUUAUGGGGUGGUGGGAGGAGGAGGAGGUGGUAGAUGAUGGGAAAGCAGAGGUGUAA